AUGCAGUCUACAGUCGAGGGCUUCCGUGUAGAAGCCGCUUGGCCGAAAGUGGGACUGACCGGCUUCGCCUUAAUCAAACCCAGAUGCACGGCACCGUGGAGAGUGAACCAACAUGACCAGGCAAGAUCGCAUCAAUGCUACAGACGUGGGUUCGCUUAUGCCCGCUUGCUGGAUGCAAUGAGGAGAACGCCCAUCUGCCACCCGAAGCCAGUUUCAGGCAAAGAUGACCCAACUCCGUGUCGCAAUUGCAGGAAUUAA